AUGGCAACGCGAGGCGUUAACGGCGCUACGACUGGGACUCUGAAUGAGCGCUUUAUUAAGUGCGAAGGGUGUCACGUGAAUGUACCAAAGGAAGACAUGCUAACGCUGGGCAAAUGCACGUUGUGUGGACGUCCGUACGAGGUUGUAGUAACAGCAGAUGGCAAAGAGAUUGAAGUGGCGACUGUGGCAUUUGAUCGCACAGGUAUAACGGCAGUUGAGAAAAAGACAAAGCAACGUAAACGCUGGGCAGUGCUUUUAUCGAAGCGUGGUCGGACCUAUUAUCACAAUACAGAGACUGGCGAGGAUCGAUGGGACAAACCUGCGGAUUUAGAUGCUGAUGCAGUUGAAGACUCUUUUGUGCCGUUUAAGCACGAUGCAGUGAAAAAGGCAGUGCUGCGUGAGCAGAUGAAAUUGGAGGCAACAAAGAUGGGUGUGCCGAUAGAGGUUGUUGCCGCGUCGCAGCACCAGCUGCGGCAGGAGGAUGAGGCCCAUGAUCCGUUUACAAAAAUGACGGAAGGCAAUGCCAAGUUCAAGUGCACAGACCAGUCCGUUCCUAAUGAUAAUAACCCUAAAAGGCCUAACUCCCCGGUGCUGGUUAAAAAAGAGGAGGAACCAUCGCAGCAGCAACAGCAUGGGACUGCCGUAGAGGAUAGCAAAUGUAAUAUCAUCGUUUAA